AUGAGCUUACCCUCAACUCUGACGGUGGUGUAUCCGCCCUCAUUUCAGAAUUCGUUCUGGUCGCAUCCGUCUUAUCGUCCAGGCGCACAUUCCCUCUACGCCAAGCUGCAAGCCGGUCUCGACGAGAACGAAUCGAUUCUCGCCUUCGUAGCGCACCGUGCUGAGCUGGAAUACAAUCACGCAGAAGCCCUCGCCACUCCUCCUCCUCCGCCCUCGUUUGGCGCUCCCCUCUUCAAGCAAGCGGCUGGUAUCCUUCACGAAGUGCUCCCCAUCGAUGCUGCUACUGGUCUCGGUGUGUCCUCCAACUCCACGCGCGGUUUUACCGCCAACACCUCGGCCACCUCGCGUGCCUUUCGGAUGAUUCAGGCAGAGACCAAUACCACGCACGCCAAUGCCCACGGCAAAGUCGCACGCCACCUCGAAAAGUCGAUCCUGGAACCUUUCGGCAAGUGGGCCGAUGAUCACAAGCAACGCAUCACCAGUAGCUGGGAGCACGUCGAUGCCACCCUCACGCGUUUUGAACGUCAAAAGGCCGAAGUGGACAAGCUCAAAUCCAGUUACGAGAGCAAAUGCCGCAAUGCUGACGAAGCAGAAGACGAUGCGCGAUUUGCUCCCGUCGAAGAGUUGGAUGUGGCUUCUCCACCUUCGCGAGCUAACGAUGCUACGCUUCGUCCACCUGGAGGAGCAGCGACAGCAGCCUCUCUACUGCAGCGCAGAAGCGUCUCGGCGGACAGCACCAAGUCUAUCUCGCUCGAGGAUGAGACCGACCCCGAAACGCUGAAACGUCGAGAGACGGUGCGAAAGCAGUUUGGCUUCACUCAGCGCUCCACCUCGGCUACCAUUUCCACGCCCACCAAGCCCGACGAAGUUGGCGGAGUCAAGCUUCCACCACUCCCAACCGAGACCGAAGGAGAAGCUAUGGAGACGAGUGCAGAGACAGGCGUGCCUCCUUCUACAAGCCUCAAGCGAACCGGUACCAUUUCGGCUUUUGUCAGCUCCGCAGUCGAAAAGAUGCCUGCACCGAUCAAGGCUGCUGUCGGCGGCGUCGUCUCCGCUGAAUCGCGCCAUAUCCGGCUCAGACGCGAUGCUGACAACGCCGAAAAGGUGUACGAAGAGGCGGUGCGCAACCUCGAUCGAACGCGCUGCCAGGUCGAAGAGGUCCUCUUUGAGCAUUACGGACUCACCCAGCGAUGGGAGGCUGACCGCAUCCGAGCUGUCCAGUCGGUGCUUGCUUCGUACAAUCAGGCCGUCUCGGCGCAGGUGCCUAUCCUGCAGCAAUCAUCGACUCGCUCGUUCAAAAUCCAUCAAGGUCUCGACCCUUCCCUCGAGCUGCGUGCCUUGAUUCGCCAAGCAAGGACCGGUCCCUUCCACCCCGCCAUCGAACGCUUCCAACCUUAUUAUCACGACGAGAUCUCGCUCGGUCGCAAAGCUGGUCCGCAGGGUGUCGCACAAGGAUGGCUCAUCAAAAAUGGCGGCUUUGGCUUGAACCUGUCGCUUGUAGAACGGCUCGAGUACCUCGAGCGGCUCGAACGCCAGCAGUCGGGCGUCGUGGCAGAGUCGGUCUCGAGCAGCCCGCAGCAGCUCGCUACGCUUCCACCUGUACUGACUGCGCUUCUGUCGGCUUUGGGCCGCGCCUAUGCCGAUACUGAUCGCUGGGCUGUGCUGGCCAAAGCGCUCACUGCGCAUGCCAAUGCUGCUGACGACGACGAUGCUGCCGAGGGGAAGGAAUCAGUGGAGCCCGAUGCAAAGCUCAUUGGGCAGGAAAAGCGCAAAGUGUGGAUUCUCGAGGUUCCUCUGCCCAUCACGCAUCGCUUGCGAGAUGCGCUCAUUGCACACCUCCAUCCGUCUUUGGCGGAUCUCAUCUACGGCAAUGGCGGCAAAGGUGGCGAUGCUGGUGGUGGUGUUGCAGAUAAUAUUGUCAAUCCUAUCCCAGACAAGCUUCUUGACUCGUACGACCCACCUGUUCUUGCCGCCUGCGUCAAGCUGUGGUUGCUCGAGCUCGAGCACAGCCUCAUCACCGAGGAUCUGUGGGAUCAGAUUGACGCCAUUUACCGUGCUGCUGCAGCACAGGAGCACGAUGCCCUUGCCGCUGUCACACCCACCAUCGCUGCUAGCACUGGAGAUAAAGACGGCGGGAAAGCUGAACAGCCGGCUAAACGACCCGAGAUCGACGAUGCGACCAAGGACAAGAUCCAGGCGGGCGUACUCGAAGAUUUGCGCGUGGUGCUCAACAAGCUCCCCAAGAUCCACCUUGCCUGUCUCGACGCCCUCUUUUCCCACCUUCGCAAGCUUGUGACUACGACCGAAGCGGCCGAGUCGGAUGCUAUCUACACCAACAAGCUCGGCCUUGCGCUGGGACGUGCACUGCUGCGGCCCAAGCAUGAGUCCGCGUACACGGUGACCUCGCAGAUCGGCACUCUGGUCGUGGUCGACUUGAUUCUGCACUACGACCAGAUCUUCCCAGAGCUUGUCGAGAAGAAGCUGAAGGAAGCUGCUGCGGCUGCUGCGGCUCAGGCAUCGGGAAGUCCGAGCGGUAAGAGUGGGUUCACGAAUGGACAGCGCCGCACGCCUAUCCGUAAGCGCACUAAGCCGGUCGAUCAGAGAAUUUCGCGUUCGUCGAUUGGGAGUGAUCUGCAGCAGGGAGCGAAGAAGUUGAUUGAGCAGAUGGAUGAACGGGAGCGAGGAACGUCGUCGAGGGUGUCCGACCAGUCGCAGCAGCAGCUUCCGCCGCCGCCGCCCGUUCCCAAGGUGACCGCCGACCAGGCCAGCAGCAAAGUGGAGCCGUCACCAUCGCUCCCCCCCGCGAUCGUCACAUCGACCGACGCAACAACUACAGCAGCUAAGCAAUCCGACGACCUCUCGGCACCCACACCGCUCACCGAGCGCGUUUUGACAUCCUCGCAGCAACGGGAAGCAGAAACCGUCUCUGUCGCAUCUGAGAAGGCCGAGCAACAACAGGCGGAGAAUGACGAAAAACCGCUGUCCAACGUCGCCCGGCUAUCCAGGCAGUUUAACAGCGCUAAUUUGGGGUCUAACCCGAGCGGGGGUGGGGGAAAGAGGACGAGUAUGGGCGGCGUCAGGGGUCCCAGACCGGCGGGUGCGAGAGCCGCGAGGUUGUCCAGUCAAGGCUUGUCUUCUGCGUCUGCGACUGCGUCCGAGUCGAAUGCGGGGGGCGCAGAGGCGGGUGGAUUGGACAGUGCAAGUGAGGAACAGUCGUGA